CCUCCUCCUCCUCCGUCUAUCGAGAUAAACAACUUGAAGGCGACGCUCAGAUCCAGCUGGAGCUAACGGCUAGAAACCGUCCUCGGUAUUAGCCGCUGAACACGGAAUAUUGAAAUUCGGUUCCCAAACGGGGUCAGGAUGGAGUCCUCGCCUAAAAGGCCGAGCUCUGACCUGCGGAAGGUGCGUUCGCGUGAUGCGGCACGCUGCAGACGAAGUCAGGAGACUGAGGUGUUUUACGAACUUGCCCACUCCCUGCCCCUCGCGCGCCGGGUCACCUCCCACCUCGACAAAGCCGGCAUCAUGAGAGUGACCCUCAGCUACCUGCGUAUGCGCCAACUCCUCUGCUCCUCAACAACCAAAGUGGAGCAAGGCACUGAGGAAGAACAGGAUCCUACUGAUGCGUUCUACCAGCAGGCACUGUCUGGUUUUGUUCUGGUCCUGACUGAAGAAGGAGACAUGAUCUUCCUCUCGGAGAACGUCAGCAAGUACAUCGGCCUUGCUCAGCUGGAGCUGCUUGGACAGAGCGUGUAUGACUUUGUCCACCCUUGUGACCAGGAGGAGUUGAGGGACAUUCUCACUUCCAAAACAGGGCUUUGUAAAAAGAAGGCUGAAAAGUUUAUUGAGCACAACUUCUUCCUGCGAAUGAAGAGCACUCUCACCAGCCGAGGCAGAACAGUGAACAUCAAGUCUGCUGCCUGGAAGGUGCUUCACUGCACUGGACACAUGCAGACCUUCAGCAGUGAACUGGAGUCUUCAUCUGCUACUGGGAGCUACCUCACCUUGCUCUGUGAGCCCAUCCCCCACCCAAGUUGUGUGGAGUUCCCUCUGGACAGCAGCACCUUCCUCUCUCGCCACAGCAUGGACCUGAACUUUACACAGUGUGAUGGCCGGGUGACUGAACUUGUUGGAUACCACCCAGAUGAGCUGGUUGGCCGAUCAGCUUAUGAGUUUUUCCAUGCCUUGGAUUUUGAUCAUGUGACCAAGAGCUUGCACAUCUUAUUCUCCAAAGGUCAGGUGUGCACCAGCCAGUAUCGCUUCCUUGCAAAAAACGGAGGCUUCGUCUGGAUUGAGACUCAGGCUACAGUCAUUUACAGCAGCAAGACUUCCCAGCCAGAGGCAGUCGUGUGCCUCAACUUCAUCCUCAGUGGCGUGGAGCAGGCCGAGACUGUGUUCUCCGUGGAGCAGACUCGCUGCGAGCUGAAGUUAGAAAAGCCUAGUCUACCUGUGAUUAAGGUGGAGGAUUCUGAGGACGAGCUGAGUAAUAGCAGCAGCAGCAGUGCCGAGCUCUUCCACAAGCUGAAGGACAAUCCAGAGGAUCUGUUGCAGCUGGCACCAGCUGCAGAAGACACCAUCAUACUUCUGACAGAGGAAAUGGAUUUGUCAUUUGGUCCACCAUCCAGUCCCAACGGUGUGCCUGAAUGUCCAAAGGACCUUUGCAGCCCCAAGCUUCGCCAACUCCUCUCACCCAUAUUCGACAGCCCAUCUCCUGCCUCACCUGCUUCUAACUCUGGGGAUGAGUUGUCCAUGGACACAGGUGAUGUGGAGAAGUUCUUUGCCAUCAAGCCAGAGGAGAAUACAGCUCAGAAGGAACUGACUAAGGAGUUGGAGGAGAUGGACCUGGACAUGCUAGCACCAUAUAUCUCCAUGGAUGACGACUUCCAGCUGACUUUCCUGCCCCAGUUCUCUGAGACUAAAUUGUCUUCUUCUGAAGAGCCAGCUGCACCUUCUAGGAAAAGAGGUCUGGAGGAAGAUGAGGACUUACCUUCUUUAACCACGACCUGGGAGAAGAGACAGAAGAACUGCUCGAUAGAGGAUGAGCUGCUGCUUAGCCACUCCUCACUGGAGGGUCUGCUGGGUACAGCUUCAGAAGAGCUAAACACUUCGCCGUGGAGGAAAAAUCUGCUCCUUACAGACAGAGACCCGGUGCUGGGAGAGCCACAGUUGCUGUGUAAUACAGCAGAUCUGAUAAAGAACUCCUUCCCGUCACAAGCGCCCAACUUAAGAAGCCAAACAGCUGGGACUUUAUUGCCUCACACCUGAGGAACAAAAUGUGACUCAUGUGGCUCAUGAAGCCAUAACCACGGUGCUUGGCUUUAAGGGUGACCCUGUUUGGCUGUUUUUCAACUCUGAAAUCACAGACCUGACCAUGCCUUUUCUGCCCAUUCUUGGGACACCAGAUAUUCAAAGUGACAGCUGUGUGACAUAACAUUUGUGCAUGAGAAAUAAAUACACAACAAUCUGCAGCACAGAUAAUAACCAACAAUAUCCAUAAUGAUCCAAAUACAGUUUGAGGAAAAUCUGGUUCUCAAUCAUCAGUGAAUUUUAAAGCUGCUUUGAAAGUAAGUGUACAUGAGGUGACAUGAUACAGAGAUCCAACUCAAAUCCUCUUCUUCUGUUUAAGACUGAGGAACAGCAGAACGGUUAGCCAGGGCCCAGUUCACUUAAUUAGCUGUUGAAUAACCAUUCUCCUUAUCCUACGUUCUUAGGUUAUUAUAUCAAAUGUAAUGGAGAGAUUACACACCUCAGACUCAGAAAGAACUGGCGGCUGAAAGUAUAAAAGUAACCCCAUUCAAACAAACAACAUCCUUCAAGACUUUACACAACACAGACCUCAGUUUUACAAGAGAUAAGAAUGGUAAAAACUUCAGCGGUCACUGUUCUGAAGAACCACCGUCUUCUGCUUUUUAAUGUGAUCUGGUUUUUAAGCUUGUUCUAGUGAACAGAGCAAGGGUUUGUUAAGCUGAAAUGUAGUCAGCUGUUCUGGCUUUUCACACUGGUGUGGUUAUAUGAGCCUUGGUGGAAUAUCCCUGCACAUUUCUUCAUUAUAUCACAUGUGAGCUGCAUUUCUCAUGCUUUUGUGACAGCAAAACGGGGUUGCAUUUUACUUUGAUGGUCUCAUAUAGAUGAUCUGCAAUGUUUAAGUAAAAUAUAGCCAACUCUUUUUUUUUUUUUAUUAUUGGUUAUCUGUACUAAUACACUCUUUAGGAAAAAAAAAGAAUAAAGGUGCUAAAAAGGGUUUUUACAUGAUGCCAUAGAAGAACUAUUUUUUUCUCCAUAAAACAAAUGUUGCGCAGAUACUCAAGUGUAAAGAACCUUUUUAAAGGUUUAAAUAAGUGCAUGUGAAGGUUCCUUACGCAUUUUCAUCCACAUCUUUUACAACAUGUUGAAAGCCAUCACCGGAUGUGGAUGUGUGAGGAAUCUUACUGGAAACGGUUCUUCCUGGACAUCACUUAAACAACCUAUUGUAGCAUGUUUUUUAAUUUUAUGACUGCAGGAUUUGGUUUUAUAUUUAGGAUUAAGUAUGUUUUUAAUUGAACAAAAAAUAGGUUUCUAAAAGUUAAUUUCAUCUACAGUUGCAGGGGACCAUCAAAAUAAAAUGAAUGUUCUGCACAAAUAUACAUCCAUGAUUCAUCUGAAGUGAAAUGGGUGAUUUUGGUUAAUAUUUGAGCCUUACUUUACAUAGCUUUUGUAAUUUAAAUACUUGCAUUAAUGAUCAAUGCCAUAGAUGACAAACACAACAAAUACUCUCAUUUUAUCAGUGGCAUCUUUUUUAUAAAAGCAUUUUAUAUCCUUUUGCAUAUACCACAUGUAAAUGAACAUACAGAUUGUCUUUGUUGAACUACAGAUUUCAAUGUUUAGUUAUUCUAGUAUCUUUGUGUUUUUUCCUUGUUUCUCUGUCUUUUGGAAGAUAAGCUUAAUAAUAGAGGCCACUCUGUUAGCAUUUGGACACUUUUGCUGUGCUUUUACUGUAGCUGUUGUGUUGAUAGAACCUCCUGUAUGAACGAGCCCUUACUCAUUUAGUGCCAUUAUUUAGAACAAAGGAGUUGCAGAUUUUACAUUUUAAUCAAUGUGUUUCGUCUUGAUUCUGAUAGAUCAGCUUUAUCUCUUAAUGAUGCAGGAUUAGUUCUCGCAUUUGGAAAAUGUUACUUCAUGGGUGUGUUCUAAAUAUCAUAUGCUUUAUUUGUUUUUGGGUUGAUAUGGAAAAAAGAACGUGUAAAAAAAUCAAAUAAAUUUUCUUUUUUAUUUUUAUUUUAAAGAUCCAAGUUGAGGGGCCUUAACUGCUAAACUGUUAACCAUUAGAUAUUGUUAGACUUACCAUGCAUUAAACAUUUCUUGCAUUUCUAACACCUUGUACAUCAUGUUUAAGUUUUAGCCAUGUCUUGUAUUGACUGGGUCAACAGAAAUACAAUAAAGAUGGUUUAAGCAUA